AUGUCAUGGAGCGCCGACAGUUCGAAGUUCGCUCCGUAUCUCGAGAUGCCGAGGACGCAUCGAGAGUGCGCAGACAGUCGCGUCCAGGACUGGUCAGUCCUCAGGUAUGAAGAUCUCGAACAAGUCGCGGCCGCUCAGUGCCGCAAGGUUCGAGUGUCAUCAGUGUCAUUCCCAGCGAUAAGAGAGUCCAGACAGUCAUGGUCAAUGCCGCGGAGUCAAGCCUGUCAGUGCCGCAGUCAUCAUCGUCCAGUAAGUCUGAGAACCACGACGCGACAGUCUAGAGCGAGUCAGGAGCCGCAGAUCAGACGAGGAGACCACGCGCGGGAGCAGUCGCGAACAGUGAUCAGGGACCGAACGCAGGUGCUCUAG